UGUUGUUCACCUGCGGUCACACCCGGGAUCGCCCGGGCACUGCUUCCUCACCUCGCAGAGGCAGCAGGUGCUUCACUGCCGGGCUGCUCCAAGCUCGGGCCCGCUGAAGGCAGCGCAGCCGGGGGGCGAGGGCAGCAGCAGGGCGGGAUGCAGCGCUGGGAGCGGGCCCCGGCGGCGCGGCGGCGCUGGGUGCUGCUGCUCGGGCCGCUGGCGCUGCUCGCCGCCGCCCUGGGGCUGCGCGGCACCGCCCGCCCCGAGCCCGCCGACCGCUCCCGCCUCCACCGGGCGCUGGAGCUGUCCCCCAGCCGCAGCAUCAACUGCUCGGGGGUCGUCCGCGGGGACCAGAAAGCCAUCCGGGAGGCGCAGCUCAGCAACCUCGAAGUGGCGAACAGAAAGGCUUCACCGACGCCCGGGGAAUACCUGAACAUUACGAGGGACUGCAGAGCCUUCAAGGAGACCCGGCGCUACGUCGAGUUCCCCCUCAGCCAGGAGGAGAAGGAGUUCCCCAUCGCCUACUCCAUAGUCAUCCACAACAAAAUCGACAUGUUUGAGCGGCUCCUGCGGUCCAUCUACUCCCCCCAGAAUGUCUACUGUGUCCAUGUGGACAGCAAAUCCCCGGCCGCCUUCCAGGAGGCCGUGCGGGCCAUUGCUGCCUGCUUCCCCAACGUCUUCGUGGCCAGCCGCCUGGAGAGCGUGGUCUAUGCCGCCUGGUCCCGGCUGCAGGCCGACCUCAACUGCAUGCAGGACCUGCUGCAGAGCCCCGUGCCGUGGCGAUACUUUAUCAACACCUGCGGCACCGACUUCCCCAUCAAGACCAAUGCCGAGAUAGUCCGGGCGCUGCAGCUGCUGCAGGGCCAUAACAGCGUGGAGUCGGAGAAGCCCUCAGCCGCCAAGCAGCAGCGCUGGCAGUACCACCACGAGGUGGGGAAGACCAUCUCUCGCACUGCCCAGAAGAAACUGCCGCCGCCCCACAGCUCCCCCAUGUUCACGGGCAGCGCGUACAACGCCGUCACACGGGACUUUGUGCAGUUCGUCUUCGAGAACCCCACGGCACAAAAGUUCCUCGAGUGGUCCAAGGACAGCUACAGCCCCGACGAGCACGUCUGGGCCACCCUGAACCGCAUGCCGGGCGUGCCGGGGGGCACUCCCCCCAGCGACAAGUUCCAGCUCUCGGACAUGAACGCCCUUCCCCGCCUGGUCAAGUGGGAGUACCUGGAGGGGGACAUCAGCAAAGGCGCGGCCUACCCGCCCUGCACCGGCCGCCACCAGCGCGCCGUCUGCAUCUACGGGGUGGGCGACGUGCCCUGGAUGCUGCAGCAGCACCAUCUCUUGGCCAACAAGUUCGACCCCGAGGUGGACGAUGCGGCCCUCCAGUGUCUCGAGGAGCACCUGCGCCACAAGGCCCUGUACGGCCGGGGGCUCUGAGGGGGAGCCGCGGAGACUCUGGCCGGCACCUGUUGCCUUCCGUGGGCGGGUCUAGCCCACGGCGCCCCGGGGACAGCGGGAGAGGAUCCCCGGGCCCCUGAGGGUCCCACGUCUCCGUGCGGCCCCGAGGAGAAGCCCCAUUGGCGGGCGCGGGGCUGCGGCCCCGCCGGGGCUCGGACGGACGGACAGACGGACGGGCCGGCCCGGCGUGGAAGGGCGGGAGGCUCAGCCCGGCCCGGCCCGCGGGGUCCCCUCAGAGAGCGCGGGAGCGCCGCUCUCCCCCGGACCGGCUGGAGGAAGCGAGCGGGGCUUUUCACAGUCCCUGCCUGGGUCUGUCGGCAAAGGUGAGCCCAGGCGCUUGUAGACGGGCAGGGCCGGGUCACGGUGGCUGCCGGUCCGGCUAGGGGCAGAGCUGAAACCACGAGUAAUUUGCUUUUCCACAGAGCACCGCCUGUUCCUGACACCCUCAGCGCUGCUCAGCUGAACAUCUGGCUGCUGCUUUUGCCUCACUUUAAACUUCGGCUCUAUCAAAAGCCGUUAGUCAAAAGUCAACAUUCAAUAAAAU